AUGCCAUAUUCAUACAAUCGAUAUUCGUCGGACUCAUAUGGUUCGAGUAGCUCAAGUUCCUAUGGCGUGAAAGACAUCCUCGGUGGAAGGACAUCUUCGUACGAUCCGUCAGCGCACAGGAGUAGACCGUCGUACAGCUUUUCUUCGGAUUUGGAGAGGACGAAAUCGGAGGACUUUCGCCCAGCGACGAGAUAUACUGAUGGUUUGAGGGACUUGGAUAGUCAGCUGAAAUCGUUCAAGUUAUCUUCGUCCACCCCGUCCUACACAUCAACGUCGAGCUCCCACUAUCUGCGUCGUCCAUCAAUGGGCUCAACAGCAUCAUCGAACCUAGCUUCGUCCGGGCUUCACAACCGAUACACCAGUAGCACCAGCGUGACCAGUACUUUACCUAGCCUUUCUCCGUCCAGCGGCACCUACAACAGUUCGAAAUAUGGAGCAUCCUCGAGCUCCUCUUCCUCGCGCUACGGCGUCGGAUCUAGUCGGACAAGUUUAAUUCCAGUCAGUGGACAAGCGUCCGGGAGGUCUCGUACUACUUCUGGGACUCAUACUACCUCAUCUAUUCGAACAAUUACCGGCGACCUGACGGAGCGAGAUUCUCUUUCAAAGAGAAAGCGCGGCGGCUUGAAGAACAUUGGAAACUCGUGCUAUUUAAAUUCUGUACUUCAAUGUCUUUUACAUUGUGCUCCUAUGCAGUCGUACUUAACAAAAGGCGGCUACGAAAGCGAAAUCAAUUCAAGAUCAAAGACUUCGGGAAAAGUAGCAAAAUACGCAGCCCAGUUAUUCGAGGAUCUUCUCUCUGGGAGCACUGGCAAUCCGACGCUGGUAAAAGGAGCUGUCAGCAAAGCUAGUGGCCUCUUUCGAGGCACAGCUCAGGAAGACGCGCAAGAGUUUUUGCGCUGGUUCCUAGAAGCGCUUCAUGAUGAUGUCUGCAGAAUCGUAUCCAAGCCUAGAAUAACUCAAGAAGCAAAAACCGCAUCCGAAGCUUGGCGCUUCUACAAAUCGAGGGAGGAUUCAAGCAUUGUUGAUAUGUGUGUUGGACAGUUAAAGAGCUCUCUGACCUGUUCCGUCUGCUCCUACGUCUCUGAGGUUUGGGAUCCUUUCUGGGACUUGUCGCUUCCGAUUCCUUCCUUGGCAAGAGGCAUCGACGACUGUUUGAAAGAGUUUCAACGCGAAGAGAUCUUGGACGGAUCAGAGCAACCGAAAUGCGAAAAGUGCAAGAAACGAAGAAAAAUGUCCAAAAAGUUCUCCAUCGAAAAAUAUCCUCAACUGCUAGUCAUUCAUUUGAAGCGCUUCGGCGACUCUACUGGCUACUCAAGAAGGAAGAUUACCACUGAUAUUCGUUUUCCUGAAAUAAUGAGCAUGGAUGGAAACAAAUACGAGCUUCAGUCUGUUUGCAACCAUUUUGGAAGCAUCGGUGGCGGCCACUACACAGCUUAUGGCAAGACUCAGAGCGGCUGGUUCGACUACAACGACAGUCAUGUGAGCUCAACCUCAUCGUUCCAGUCCAAAGACGCUUACCUUCUUUUUUACACGCGAACACGAUGA